AUGGCCCCGGAGAGGGACCUUCAUAGGUUUCCAAAAGGAGAACGAUGUGAAUUUUGCGGUUCCCGCAAAUGGUAUCUCGAAAAUGGUUUGAGAUUCUGCGCCAAGGAAGGCCACCAGCUUCAAGGAUAUGUUGAAUUUGACCUUGGCGAUGAGGAUUUCGGCCAGAAGGGUCGCGUGGCUCGGAAGGAGAAGCAGAUCAAGGAGCGCAUCAGACGAGUGCUCACCGGCCAGCAAGCACGAGAUUUGUAUCUUGAGUGCCUGCAGCUCAUCCUCAGAGAGCAGGUAAUAUGGCUAGUCACCACAAAGGAACAUAAGCCGGAACUAGAGACGACUGUCCGCGAUCUUUGGGAUCUUCGCAUCUCCGGAGCUGCGACAGCUGUUCAGGAUGACUCGGCCUCGGAGGGAGAGCCCUCGCUAUUCAGCUCGCAACUCGACCUCGCCCAGGAUGAGGAGCACCAGUCUCGGAACCGACGAGCACAAAGAUGGACAGGAGAGAAUGGGAGCGAGUGGCCGGCACCCCGAAUGAUUGACACACUAGGCCUUUGCUUCCUGGGGUGCAUGUUGCUGAGAAUACCCACGCGUAUUGGUGAUCUUUGCAAGUGGGCGAGAGGGGGGAGCAUCCCGUACAAAGAAGCUGUUGGUACUACUUUCGGCCAUACUCGAAUCCUCCCUAACCAGUCACAGUAUCGCCAGCUACCUCAGGAGAUGCGUGAUCGAUUGCCAACUUGGUAUACAAUACCGCUGAAGUCGACAAACCUAGCUGCCUUCGAGAAUGGAGAACUGCACGCUUCAGUCAUGAAUCUGGCUUUGUCGUAUCAUCUCAAUUACGGCAUGAUCUUCCCACCGCUCAACGAUGUCCUGAUGACAUUACAGUAUGCACGCGAGCUGGGCCUGCCUAUUGAGACGGUGGCGAUUGCGCGCCGCGUUCCGCCCAUCGCCAACUUAACCUUCAGUUUUCCACUGGAGAAGACCCGAAUCCGUCUCAUAAAUCAACCAGAAGUUCUCUUGGUCACCAUCCUUGUCCUUGCUACGAUGCACUGCUUUCCACUCGAGGACAACAUGCCAGCUCCCCAGGACGAGAACAACUUCAUCGUGCCUAAGCUUGACUGGAAAGAAUGGAAGAGGAUAAUGACUCCAGCCUCGGCUCCAGAUGAAGCUACAUCUACCGUUGACUACACAGGCGUUACGGCGUCUCAGAUCACAUCAAUGAGCCCGAAAGAGCUAGAUGAGUACUUUACACACCUUUCACUGCUGACUGAAGCACACACCGAAGAGAGCCUACUCGCGAGGUACUUUCCCGUCGACGAGCAAGCCCCCAAACAUACAGAGUCCGAGACAACAGGGGAUGAGAUGGCUGGAAGGCUGCGCGCUGUCCAAACACAGGCUGCAUCGUUUGUCGACUCAGAUGCGCACGACAGACUUGAGGAGGAAAGUUUGCGAACCAGUCGAUAUCACUCAUACAAAUCUGAGGAAGACCUUCCUCCCAUAGGCAGGGACUUCUUUCAGCUGGCGGCGCGGCUGGCAGGGCUGUCCGUUCCAAUGUUGGUGCGAGCCGUCAAUAUGCUCGAGGGCCACAUUGUGACCUGGCAAAAGGAGCAACGCAGGGCAGCCAGCGAAAGACGUGAACGAUCGCGUUCUUUCGUUUCUAUGGAGUCGGAUACUGAGCAGCCGACAUAUACCGAAUAA